UAAUUAGUCAUUGGCCCUAAUUCGAAACGACGACAAGUAACAAAAUAAACGAAACGAAAAUUACGGAAGAAUAUUAUAGAUAUUUUUAAGAUUAUAAAUAAUAAGUUUUAAAAUAAAUUUUAUUCAAAAUUUUAAUAAUAAAAGAGAAAUAUUUAAAAUGAAUUCAUUUUGAAAAAAAAGAAAAACUAUUAAGGAAAUCUUAAACAAAUUAAAGAAAACGAAAUUUAAAAAUAAAACAUGGUGUCUAGUAAUCGUUACUCAGAUUUGAACAAUAUUUCCGCAAAUGCCAAUAUACCAGACGAUAGUAUUGACUGUGGCAUACGUUCCUUGGGCUGGUGUCGUGGUCCCAGUUGUCUUAAAUAUGCACGUCUUAAAACAUUUGUUAUUGUAUUAGUAUGUGCCGGUAUUUUGCAAGGAGCUUGUGAGACAUAUUUUCGUGUAUCGGCCAAACAGGCUGCCAUUGAAAAUGGCUGGAAUGCCAUAAUAGUAGAAUGGCUUCUAGUAAGCAGUGGUAUUUUUCAAGCAAUUUUUGCAUUGGCAUUCGCUUACUGGGCUCAUCGUUUGCAUCCUAUCAGUUGGUUAAGCGGCUCCAUAAUACUACAAUCCUUGAUCUGUUUAAUAGCCAUGAUACCUUCAAUAAUGAAUUUUGCCGAUGGUGUACGACCUAUCACCUAUGCAGUCGACGAAGAAAUUUGCCUUUCAAAUUGGCCCACUUCAUUAGCCAAAAUGCUGUCGAUAAAUGACAGUAAAUUAGUUAUAUUGAUAAUGAUGUUUGUACUACAAUUCGCCUUGGGUUUAGGCUCCUUAGCCUUCUUCACUGUGGGCCUAACAUACCUAGACGAUAACUCCACUUCCAUAGAUAGUCCAGCGGUUUUAGCCACUGUUUUUGGUGCAAAAAUAUUUGGUCUACAAUUUGGUUCGAGCAUAAUAUUGGGUGUAGGAGCCACUAACUUAGGCUGGUGGUUGGGUUGGGUAAUUAUUGCCCCUGCGGUGUUCAUAAGUGGUAUUCUAUUGGGUUUAUUUCCCAAAAAACUACCAAAAACUGUUAUACACCAAGCUGCUCAAAGAAUUUUAGAAGAAUCACACAGCCGCCAGUUUGGUAGUCAAUUUUCAACCUACAUAGACGAUACUGCCUUUAUGCCGUCAGUGAAAAGGAUUUUUGGUAAUAAAUUAUUAAUGUUCAAUAUUGUCAGCAUUAUGUUCAUACAGGGAGCAUCGAUUAAUUUUGCUCUUCAAGAGGAAAGUUAUUUGCAAUCACGCUUUUUCCUACCCUAUAGUGAGGAGGAUGGUUUGAUGCAGGAAUGGAAGGCAAGAUUUAUGUCGUUCUUUUUGAAACCACCAGCAGCAGCUAUCAGUAUGUUUAUAGGUGGACUAGUUAUAUCCAAACUUAAGCUAACGGGCAGAAAAAUUGCUGCUAUAAAUAUAGGCAUGGCUGUUAAGCUACUGAUCAUUUAUAUAGCUUUUAUAUUUAUCAAAUGUGAGGUUGGUCCUAUAGGUGGCACGGUCAAUGGCAAACUACAGCAGCCCUAUUGUUCGCGACAGUGUAUUUGCAAUCCUACCUCUUUUUUGCCAGUUUGUCCGGAAAAUUCAACUGUCACGUAUUUCUCACCAUGCUAUGCAGGUUGUUCCAAGAAGACAACAAUUAACAGUGUAGAGCUUUAUGAAGGUUGCAGUUGCGGUGGUACCAACAAUUACGACAUGAAUACGGCCUUUAAUAUAAAAGCCACCGAGGGAGCCUGCAGUGCUAAAACCUGUGCCAAUAUGCUGAUUGUAUUCCAAAUUCUCAGUAUAAUGACUGCUUGUAUCUAUGGAAUGACAACAAUAGGAAAACUAAUAAUAUCUUUGCGCAGUGUUUUGCCACAAGAUAAAGGAUUGGCGUUGGCUAUGGAAGUAAUGUUUUUGGGUUUAUUUGCCUAUAUACCAGUACAUUUGGCCUAUGAUGUGGUAACACGCACCACCUGUGUUUAUUGGGCACCGGAAUAUGCCCGCUGUUUAUUGCGUGAAAAUCCAAAGCAUGGCAACAUUUUAAAUAUCCUCACAGCCAGUUUAAUAUUAGUGGGUCUAAUCUUUGAUAUAUUAGUAUUCGUAUUUAUAAAGGGAUUAAAUAUUUAUAAUUGUAAAGUCACCGAUGUGAAUUACACUCCUUCCCUAUAUGCACCCGUGCCGCAGGGAGAAGCUACACACACCGCCAUCGGUGGUAGUCCUGUGACCACCAUGACAACAGCAUCUCGGGAUCAAGCACCCGUACAACCAAGUAGAGCAAAUGCAAUGCCGAAUAAUGAAAUUACCGUUUUCCGUCAACCUAGUUCUGUUACAAAUUCUUCUGCUGGUGAUAGUAGUGUUGUGGAGCCCUCAUCUUCUGGGGUGACUUAUGCUCAAGUGGUAUUCCCACCUGACAAACGUAAACCCAAUGAUGGUAGUACUAGUCCUAAACGUUUAGUGCCACGUGCCGAUGUUCCUUUACAUCAUUUAUCCGAAGAGGAUGUAAGAGCUAAACUGGGAAGUUUGAAAUCAUUUAAACCUAAAGAUCAGACAACAAGCCAGCUUGAGAACGCUAAUGAGAGUCGUUCCAACACAAAAGCCAUUGAGACAGAUUUAGAUGCCAUCGAUACGAUGCCAUUAGCACAGCCGAAUACAGACAAGAAUUUAGAUGACAUAAGGCCACAGAGUCCAGAAACAGAUUUUUAAAUAUUUUCCUAUAUAUAUAAAAAAAAUAUUUUUUUUUAUUAUUAAGUAUGUUAAGUACAAUACCAAAACGUAUUCGAAUUACGCCAUUUUUUAACACAUUUCUAUGUUUGUAAUGAAAAUUUAUAACUGACUUGUAUCUGCCUAUUGUUAAAAGUCAGUUCCACUGACUUGUAACUGACAAUUUUUUAUAUAUUCUUAAGUUGUUAUAGCAAUUUGAACCUUCAAAACUAAGAGUGUAAGUGAAAGCAAUUACAUAAUAAUUAUACCUUUAUAAAAAGAGAUUUUCAAUAAAAUUUAAAAUAAACUAAUAAAUGAUAUGAGUUUUU